GUUUCACGACAACAGGAGUCGCGGACGCGGAACGACGUCGCCUCGUUGCACCGGCGGCGCGCCCAAAAUUGCCUCCUCGUAAAUUGCUCCACGUACUAUUCCGAAUCCCGCGGCGUUGGCAACUGAUCUCUGCUCGUUUUAUCUCUUCCUUCCAUGAAUUUGCUGGGCAAGAUAACGAUGAAGAAGAAGCGAGAGGGAGAAGAUUCACGGCCGCCGCCGCCCGAAAGAGGCCCUGUGUCCUGGAUCGAAACCUCCGAGUCCGUCUCUCGCCUCUAUCAGUUCGAGUCACCUGCUCAACUCUCUAUGACGGUGGUUGAUGAUUCGAGACCAGUAAUCCAUAGGAUGGUUGAAUCCUUUCAGAAUAAGUUUUUUCCUUCAGGUUACCCAUAUAGUGUGAAUGAGGGUUAUCUUAGAUACACACAGUUCCGGGCAAUGCAGCACUUUACCAGUGCAGCAUUAUCUGUUCUAUCAACUCAGUCUCUGCUAUUUGCUGCAGGCUUGCGGCCUACUCCUGCACAGGCGACUGUAGUAAGUUGGGUUUUAAAGGAUGGUAUGCAGCAUGUAGGAAAGCUCAUAUGUAGCAGUUUGGGUGCAAGAAUGGAUUCAGAGCCCAAACGUUGGAGAAUUCUGGCUGACGUGCUCUAUGACUUAGGAACUGGUUUGGAAGUUCUUUCCCCCUUGUGCCCACACCUAUUUCUUGAAAUGGCAGGCCUUGGAAAUUUUGCAAAGGGAAUGGCAGUCGUUGCAGCCAGAGCGACAAGGUUGCCCAUAUAUUCUUCUUUUGCCAAAGAAGGAAAUCUUAGUGACCUAUUUGCAAAAGGCGAGGCCAUCUCAACUCUUUUUAACGUCCUUGGAAUAGGAGCAGGUAUCCAGUUAGCCUCUACAAUUUGUUCAUCAACGCAAGCGAAGUUGGUUGUUGGACCUCUUCUAUCUGUCAUACAUGUAUAUUGUGUAGUUGAAGAAAUGAGAGCUACUCCGGUCAACACUUUGAAUCCUCAAAGAACUGCAAUGGUUGUGGCUGAUUAUCUGAUGACCGGGAAAAUUUCAAGCCCUGCUGAUCUAAGAUACCGGGAAGAUCUCCUAUUUCCAGGGCGACUGAUAGAGGAUGCUGGUAAUGUUAAAGUGGGAAAGGCCGUACACAUGAUUGUUAAGCCUUCAAAACUUCGUGAACUCAAAGAAAUAUUCCCCGACGAGAAAUUUAUUAUAAAUCGCGGAAUUAGAUGGACCGAUAUGGUAUUGGUGCAUAAUGCUACAGCUGAAGAUGCAUUAAGGGGCUGGCUAGUUGCUGCAUAUGCUGCAAACAUGGAGAAGUCUAUUCACGGUUCAAGGGCUAAUGUCCUACAACAGGCUUACGAGAGGAUGAACGGUGUGUUCUCUUCAUUUCUGUCCGAACUGCAGUCAAAAGGGUGGCAUACUGAUCGGUUUCUUGAUGGUACUGGAAGCCGUUUUGCAUGGUAGUAUCACACAGGUUCAGGUUCUUUUUUGUUUUUCUCAGGAUGCAGUGAUAUUGUAACUUGAAACAAUGGAGUUCGAUGAUGGUUUACGAGCAUUUUGCUUUCUUUGAGUAUUAUUACAUCUGAAGGGGAAGGUAUUAAUUGUUCAAGAAAAAAGGACAGUAUUAGCUCCUAACGCAAAUUCAGUUUGUACUUUCGCUGCCGGCUUUCAUAUGAUUUGUCAUCAAAGGGAUAAGUUCCCUAUCUGGGAAAAACAUUGGUUCAUUGGAUGCCACGCCUGUAUGAGAUUCAUCUUCACUAUGUGUAUUUUGUUUGUACAUUGGAGUUCAGACACAAGAAAAAAGACAGUACAAAUGUGAGAAGAUUACUUGCGUUAUAGAUAACCUAUUAUCUACUUUGUUUUACUCUAUUCGAC